GGCGACCACGAUGCCGACCGCCACCCACACCGUCGUCGCCCACGCCCACACUCCCCUCCUACCGCCCACCUCGAAGGGAAAGAUGACUUUGGUGUCGCCCGCGUCAAAGGCCGCACCCAGUAACAGCAGUACUUCACAUAGCAGCAACACACUCGCACCCUCCGCUCCGAAUACUACAACCGACCCGGGCUCCUCGACGGAGGCCUCGCUGCGGGGGCUGUACUCGCGCGCCGCCCGCGCCUUCCUCCAGCGCGACAUUCCCCUCGCGCACUCCCUCCUCGACGCCGCCUUUGCCAUCCUCGGCCCGCCCGUCAGCGUGGCACCGCUCCCCGCCCUCCAGGCGCAGCGCAAGAAGUGGGACAUCCUGCGCAUCACGCUAGAGACCACCGUACACGCGGCCUCGUCCCCCACCCUGCCGGAUGCGCUGAGGGAGUUCGCUGCACUGCCUGCGCCAGCGGCGGUAGACGCGAUGUACAAGCGGUCGUUGGUGCUGUUUACGCCGAGCGCGGCGGGAGCGGGGCCGGAUGCGGCGUUCUUGCCGAGUCAGAUUUUGGCUACGCUGGCGUACUCGAGCUUGAAGCUUGGGUGUGCGGAUGCAGGGCGUGCGAUGAUCGAGGAAUGGCUGGCGAGGCGGCGGGUGGACGAAGAGGGAGGACGGCGUGUAGAUGACGGAUAUGCUCAGAUCAUUGAGGUCUACGUACUACAAGUACUUCCUGCGCUAGGUGAAUGGGAGUACGCGACCGAGUUCCUCGCGUACGAGCAGGAAUUGUCAGAGGCAGCGAGGCAGCGCCUAGUCGACCAGCUUGCAUCGCAGCGUCCCACCUCUCCUUCACCUCUCCCUACACCGUCUCCCUCGCCUCCCCCAGUACCCUCUGGUUCUGAGUCCCCUCGUUCAUAUUCACCCGCGCCCUCAUCAUCCUCCUCGUCAAGCUCUUUGUCCACUACCUCGACGCACACCGUCGUCCCUCGCGGUCGGAACGUCAAUGGUCUUUCCGCGAUGACACCCGCACGCACACGGCGGAAUUCGUCAGCUAGUUCGACGGUCACCGCUCGUCCUGCCAAGUCGGGAAGCGCCAACGGCAGUCUACGAAAAGCGAAUGGCACCGCUAAGCCCAAUGGCGCUCUAUACCCCUCCUCUGCUCGUCGGCCUGGCACGGAUCGCUCCAACUCGGAUCGUGCGCGCUCGACGUCCUCUCGCGGUCAGCCAACAUCAUCCCGCGAUCGCCUGGCCCUUGCACGGGCCAGUCUGGCGCCUCCGACGGAUGCCACAACGACCAACGCCGCCCCACGACCCCUCGAAGUCCUCCGCGCGUAUCUCUCCCAGUACUUCGGCUCAUGGCGGACGUCGUACUCGACGUGGACGUUCGCGGUGCUGUUCGUCCUGGUACCGUUGAUCUCGUUCGUCCUGAGGCGGCGGCGGAGGGCAAGGAUAGCGGGUGCUGGUUCUGCAGCUGCAGGUACAGUUGCCGCAGCCGGGACCGCCGAUCUCGUACGCCGCCGUCUACGGGAUGACGGCUCAGGACUGCUCGCGCGCGCUUGGGGCGGGGUGGCGAGGGCUGUGGGGGAUACGGUGCGGAUGGCGGGGAGCGGGUUGGUAUGAGCUGACGGGCCGCUCUGCAUCAUUCAUGGUAUCGGUUCCAACGUCGCGCGAACGGAAGUGGCCCCCUUCGCAGCCGUCCGGGUGACAUGAGUCGCAAGAGGACAGGACGCGGACGGAUAGCUAGCUAGGACAAUAUAUGCCUCUUAGCAUCGCAUCAUCCGUCAUGGCAUUGUCAGCUACGCUGGAAGCUUCGCCGCAGGGUUGUGGCAAAUGAUAGGCUGUGGCUUUCUUCAGGCUCCUUAAUCCGCC